CAGCAGCAGCAGCAGCUCCGCACCGGGGACACCUGCGGCGCGCCCCUCUCAGCUGCGGGAGAAGAGCCUCUCGCCGCCCCAAAAUGCCACAGCAACAACAGCAACGUCGACUGUUCACAGCUGCCCUCCUGGCACUUGUUUUCAUUCUGGCAGCAGUGAGUACCACUGAGGCUGGCAAGAAAGAGAAACCAGAGAAAAAGGCGAAGAAGUCUGACUGUGGGGAAUGGCAGUGGAGCGUCUGUGUGCCCACCAAUGGAGACUGCGGCCUGGGGACACGCGAGGGCACCCGCACCGGGGCGGAGUGCAAGCAAACCACCAAGACUCAGAAGUGUAAGAUUCCCUGCAACUGGAAGAAGCAAUUUGGAGCGGAGUGUAAAUACCAAUUCCAGGCAUGGGGAGAAUGCGACUUGAAUACUGCCCUGAAGACUCGAACUGGGAACCUAAAGAGAGCCCUUCAUAAUGCUGAUUGCCAGAAGACUGUCACAAUCUCAAAGCCCUGUGGGAAGCUUACCAAACCCAAACCUCAAGAUGAAAAGAAAAAGAAAACAGAAGAGAAAAGAAAACAGAAGUUAGCUUCUUCUGGAAAUCACUUUCCAGUUAGCCAGACCGCUUCAGCAGCUUCCAAGUGCAAAACAGACAUUGCUUGA